CACUCUAGUUGAAGAGAUUCAGAGAGCGGGGGUGAAGGAUGUGGAGGAAUGCGACUGUUUACUGCGCUGAUUGCAACGCGGAGGACGACAGCGGCUGCGAGCUGCGCGGAGGAUGACGGGCGACGGCUUCGAAGUGCGACUGCGGGCGACGAGCGAUGAACAACGGCCGCUUCGACUGCGAGGGUGGGAAAGGGGGACGCAGGGACUGCGACGGUGGAGGGGAUGACCGGCGGUGAAGAGGAGACUGGAGAGGGGCCGAGUCUGAGUGAGGGUUGAGGAAGAGAGACUGGACUCUGAUACCUGUGAAAAAUUAACUGGUCGGUCGACCGAACCGAUACUUGGUCGGGUUUUUGAAAAAAGAGGCGUACGACGCCGUUUUAACAAUCAGGAAAUGGAAAAACCCAAAAAGCCCUAUCUUCCCUCAGCUCUCUCGCCUCCUCUCACAACUCCAGAAGACCAUAACCACUUCGAACGCAGCAGUCUCUGUUCUUCCAUCUCGUCGCUGUUCUUCAACCAGUCCAGCCACCGCCGCCGGCCGCGAUUCUCCAGCGUCGUCGCAACGCCUCUGUUUCGCAGUGUUUUUGCUGCCGUUUCGCCGUGCUUCUGCCGCUGUUCAGACGCCGUUCCGCCGCUACUCAUCCCUCUGUUCAGCCAUCUCCGUCGAGUUAUAAAGCUUCAGCUCCCUCUCCCUCCUCUGUCGAUUUUUCAGAACGCGUGAAAGCCUAAGUUGAAUCACGGUCGAACCGGUUGAAUCAGUGAAUCAGUAACUAAAGCGGUUCAACCCAUCCUAUAUCCAAGAGGGUGAUUUGGUUAUUUGGCAGCCUUAUCUAUCUUGCUGAAACGAAAACUGCAAAAAACAGAGCAAAGCAUGAAAACAUGAAGUCACUCACAGUCACAGCCAGUGUUUUGAACCCCACAAAUCAGCCACCAGUCAACAAACUCCACUUCUUCCACUCUCACUCUCUCUCAAUCUCACUCUUCUUCCCACACACAUCAUCAAACCUAAAAUGCCACCAUCAAAAGCCAAUCAUCACAGCAUGCUCUUCUUCUUCUUCGAUCGAAAUCGACAUGGUGAAGAACAACCAAGGAAUCUACACCCCUAAGCACCCCAAAGUAGUCGUCCUCUGGGACCUGGACAAUAAGCCCCCACGAGGACCCCCAUACGACGCCGCACGUUCCCUCACACGCCUCGCAACUCACUUUGGCCACGUCGUCGACAUCUCUGCCUAUGCCAAUCGCCACACAUUCAUCCACCUCCCGCAGUGGGUCCUACAGGAUCGCCGCCAGAGAAAGCACCUCGACGUGCUGGAACGGAAGGGCCUGGUGGUGCCGUCGGAGCCCUACAGGUGUUCCGUCUGCGGGAGAAAGUGUCGCACCAAUCUGGAUCUGAAAAAGCAUUUCAGGCAGUUGCAUGAACGAGAGAGGCAGAAGAAGCUUAAUCGGAUGAGGUCCUUGAAAGGGAAGAAACGGCAGCGUUUUAAAGAGAGGUUUAUUCAGGGGAAUGAAAAGUAUAAUGAGGCUGCUAGGUCUCUCAUUAGGCCCAAGGUUGGUUAUGGGCUAGCUUCAGAGCUGAGGAGGGCUGGGGUAUAUGUGAAGACUGUGGAGGAUAAGCCUCAGGCUGCAGAUUGGGCAUUGAAGAGGCAGAUGCAGCACUCAAUGACCAGGGGGAUUGAUUGGCUGGUUUUGGUUUCAGAUGAUUCGGAUUUCACAGAGAUGUUGAGGAGAGCAAGAGAGAGGGAAUUGGGGACAGUGGUGGUUGGGGAUUGGGAUAGGGCACUGGGGAGGCAAGCCGAUUUGUGGUUUCCUUGGAUUGAUGUUGAGAAUGGGAAUGUCUCGGAGAAGGAUCUGGUGAUUGAGAAGAACAGGAGUAGAGCUCAAAGGGAUGGUUUUGUCGUGGAAGAAGAUGAUGAUGGGUUUUUUUCAUUGUCGAGCUUUGACAGUGGUGGUGGUCAUGGGAGUAGUGAUUUGGAUGAGCUUGUAGAUGAACUUGCAGCAGUGAGGACUGAUUUUACUGCGACAAUUUCAGAUGAGGAUGAAGACGAUUACAUGUUGGGGAGUAGUGAGGAUGAGUACAUAGAAGAUUAUGAUGAAGACAGUGAUCAAGAAGAUGAUGGGUUCUAUUGACAUGGCAGCUAUGAACCUUUGAUUGAUUCUUUUCUAAGAACAAUUCUUAUUAUAGCGCCUUGGAAUCUCAAGUGUCGCUGUAUAUAUUCUAGUGGAAAGCUAAAAUGUGGACCGAAAAGGAAAAAAUUGUCACUUUUUUGGACCUUAAGGUACCAAAAAGUGGUGGGAAUGAUCUAUCUUUGGAGGAUUGAAAUGAAGCACCACUAUUUUUUCAAACAGGGAUAUGUUGGUUUCAGAAUCAAUUUUUUUAUUUGGGGAGGAAUGGGAAUAACCAAUUGAAUGGAUGGACUCAUGGUUUACAUUGCUUUGCAUUGGUACACGGAUAGCCGACGGAGUAUGGUUUCUCCUGCUAUAAAAAUGAGGUCUUUGUUUUAACAAUGCUGCUUGCAAUUCUUUUUUCUUCAGCAUUCUGCUGUAGGUAGUGCUAGCUCAAGAUUCAAGCAUUUGAAUGCUAUAUAUUUACUUUGAAGCAUUUCAAAUUAUUUUUUCUUAUUAAUAAGACUAUUUAUUUCCCAAGUAUAUUGUAACCAUAUUUAACAGGGAAAUUGAAGGCUUUUGUGUCAUA